CGCCAGCCUCCCUCCGGAUUUCUGACUCUUUGGCUUGGAUCCCACGCUUAAACCACCUUCUUGCCUCCUGCGAAGCCUCGCGAUAAAAAGAUCCGUCAUCCAACAUGGCGCCGAAGAACAAGGCAAAGAAGGGCAAGAAGCAGGACGACGACGAGUUCUGGGAGAAGAAGGCGGGGACAUCCGCCGGUGUAUCCCUGAACGGCUCCGCGAUACCAUCGGACGACGAGGGAUCCGCGCCGUUCGCGAAAGCGAAGGGCGGCAUCGCCGGGUUCGCCGCGCUCGGUAUGAGCGAAGAGGACGCCGCGGCGGCAGCCGAGGAGGAGGAGCAAGACUUCGGAGGGCUCAUGAGCGUGAUCAAGGCCACCUCCGCAAAACCGAAAAAGGAGAAGAAGAAGGCGAAGAAGCAGACGCUCGACGACGAGGACCCGGCGAACGGGGACGAGGGCGCGGAUCAGAAAACGAAGGCGCCGGUCGAGAUGACCGCGGAGGAGCUCGCGGACGAGGAAUGGGGACUCCCGGACAAGAAGGGCAAGAAGAAGAAGGAGAAGAAGGGAAAGAAGGGCAAGGGACAGGCGGCAGACGACGAUGUUGACGAUAUACUGAACCAGGCGAUAGCGGCCGCGUCUCCGGCUGCAGACGCGGAUAAGGGACAGGCGCCGGUCGAGAUGACGGCGGAGGAACUCGCUGACGAGGAGUGGGGAGCCACAGACAAGAAGGGCAAGAAGAAGGGCAAGGGGAAGAAGGAGGAGAAGGAUGGUGCAUACGAUUUGACUAAUUGCGGCGGGCCACAUCAUAAUACCUCCUCAGAAGCGCCUGCAGCACCCGCGGAGAAUGGCGAAGAGGAGGCCGACGGCGACGCGGCGGGCGACGACGCGGGUACGAAGGUGCUUUCUAAGAAGGAGAAGGAAAAGCUGAAGAAGGAGCGCGAAAAGGCCAAGAAGAAGGCCCAAGCGGCAGCGAAAAAGGCUGCCUCCGGCGACGCCGCUGAGGAAAAGGACACCGCACAGGCCGCUCCAGUAGAGGCCUCAGCGGACGCCAAGGAAGGAGAGGACGAGAGCGAGGGCGAGGAAGAGGCUGGUGGCGGCGGAGGCGCCGCGUCGAAGAAGAAGAAAAAGAAGAAGGGUGCCAAGAAGGAGGAAAAGGAGGCACCGGCGAAGAAGAAGGCGCCGGGUGCGCUGGGUGCGCUGAAGGCGCUGAUGGAGGAAAAGAAACGGAUAGAGGAAGAGCAGAGGAGAGCGGAGGAGGAGGAGCGCAAACGGAUCGAGGAGGAGGAGCGGAAGGCGGAGGAGGAGGCGAAGCGGAAAGAGGAGGAGAAGCAGAGGAGGAAGGAGAAGGAGAAAGCCAAGAGGGAACAGGCAAAGAAGGAAGGCCGUCUCCUAACGAAGAAGCAGAAGGAGGAAGCGCGUGCUGCCGAGAUCCGCAAGCAGGCACUCCUCGCGUCCGGCGUUCAGAUUGAGGGUUUACAGCAGCAGGGCAGCGGACCGCCCGCCAAGAAGGUUGUGUACGGCAACCGUAAGAAGCAGCAGAAGGGUCCACAGGCGAAGGGCGCGUCGCCGACGCCGUCGAGUAUACCUGCUACGCCUGUGUCUCAGGCGGUAAGUCUACCCGAACCUGAAGAAGAAAAGGUGGAGAAGAAGGAAGAGAAGAAGGAGGCGGAGGAUGACCUGAAGAGCGACUGGGACGCGAGUAGUGGGGAUGAGAAGAAGGCGGAUAAGGCGGAAGAAGAUGUGAAGAGCGAUUGGGAUGCGAGUAGCGACGAUGAGGAGAAGGUGGCUUCGAAGGCGGCUGCGAAGACUCCUCCCGCUGCUAAGACAAAUGGCACUGCUGCACCGAAGAAGUUGGAGACCAAGGCAGAAACCCAGCCGACUCCUGCCGCUGCACCGAAACCCGCGACUUUAGCCAAAGCGCCUGCACCGUCUCAAGCCAAAGCCGCUCCCGCCAAAAAGCCCGAGCCUGAAUCCGAGUCCGAUUCUGAGGAUGAAUCUUCUGAAGAGGACUCCGACGACUCGUCGGAGGACGAUAGCUCGGACGAAGAGACGUCGAGCGACGAGGAGGAACAGAUGACGCAGGCUGAGCGCAUGGCGGCGAAGCGCAAGGCCGAGGCGGCGGAACGGAGGGCGAAGGCACACGAGGCCGCGCUGGCGUCGAGGAACAAAGAUGAGCUGCGGAGUCCGAUAUGCUGUAUUCUGGGACACGUCGAUACCGGAAAGACUAAGCUGCUGGAUAAGAUUCGGCAAACGAAUGUACAGGAAGGUGAAGCUGGCGGUAUCACGCAGCAGAUUGGCGCCACGUACUUCCCCGUGGACGCGAUCAAGCAGAAGACGACGGUGCUGAACAAAGACGGCAGCUUUGACUACAAGAUUCCCGGUUUGCUCGUCAUCGACACACCCGGCCACGAGUCGUUCACGAACUUGCGGAGCCGUGGUAGCUCUUUGUGUAACAUCGCCAUUCUCGUUGUUGAUAUUAUGCAUGGUCUCGAACCACAAACGCUGGAGUCGCUGAGACUCCUGAGGGAUCGCAAAACGCCCUUCAUUGUCGCCCUUAACAAGAUUGAUCGUAUGUACGGCUGGGAGGCGAUCCCGAACAACGCGUUCCAGGACUCGCUCGCCAAGCAGAAGAAAUCGGUGCAACGCGAGUUCGAGGACCGCGUCGCCAAGACAAUCACCGCCUUCGCAGAGCAGGGACUCAACGCCGUGCUCUAUUACGACAACAAGAACUUCGGUCGCAACGUCUCUCUCGUCCCGACGUCUGCCAUCACGGGAGAGGGUGUGCCCGACAUGAUCAUGUUGCUCGUCAACCUGACGCAGCAGCGCAUGAGCGAGCGGCUGAUGUACAUCUCCUCGCUGGAGUGCACAGUGUUGGAGGUGAAGGUCAUUGAGGGUCUUGGUACGACCAUCGAUGUGGUGCUCGUGAACGGGUACUUGCGAGAAGGCGACAAGAUUGUGGUUUGCGGUCUCAAUGGGCCUAUUGUUACGCAAAUCCGUGCUCUGCUCACCCCACAGCCCCUGCGGGAACUUCGUAUCAAGUCGGCGUACGUGCACCACAAGGAGGUCAAGGCGGCGCUUGGUGUCAAGAUAUCGGCGCCCGACCUCGAAAAGGCCAUCGCCGGCUCGCGUCUCCUCGUCUGCGGACCGGACGACGACGAGGAUGACCUCAAGGACGAGGUCAUGGGCGACCUCACCAACCUACUGAGCUCCAUCGACAAGUCCGGCCGUGGCGUGUGCGUCCAGGCCAGCACACUCGGCUCACUCGAGGCGCUGCUCGACUUCCUGAAGGUCAGCAAGAUCCCGGUGUCGGGCAUCAACAUCGGUCCCGUCCACAAGAAGGACGUGAUGCGAGCGGCGACGAUGUUGGAGAAGGCGAAGGAACUCGCAUGUAUGCUUUGCUUCGACGUUCCUGUGGACAGGGACGCGGAGAGGCUUGCCGAGGAGUUGGGCAUCAAGAUCUUCAAAGCUGACAUCAUCUACCAUCUGUUCGAUGCGUUCACGGCGUAUAAUGCCGAGAUCAUGGAAGCGAAGCGGAGGGACGCUGCACCGCAGGCGAUCUGGCCGUGCCGACUGAAGACGAUCGCGGCGUUCUGUAAGCGGGACCCUAUCAUUCUCGGUGUCGACAUCCUCGACGGCACUCUGCGCGUUGGCACGCCACUGUGCGUCGUCAAGGUGGAUCCGACCACGCAGAAGCGAGAGAUCAUCGACCUGGGCAAGAUCACGUCGCUCGAGAUCAAUCACAAAGCUCACGAUAUGGUGAAGAAGUCUCAAGCCGGCGGUGGUGUAGCCGUCAAGAUCGAGCACGCCGUCUACCAGUCGGCGAAGAUGUUCGGGCGGCAUUUCGACGAGAAGGACGAGAUCGUUAGCCACAUCACGCGUGCCAGCAUAGAUGUACUCAAGGCAACGUUCAAGGCGGACGUUACGACCGAAGAGUGGCUGCUCAUCAAAGCGCUCAAGCCGCGUCUUGGCAUCCAGUAACGGCUUUGUUGUAUUCUUGCUUUCGUUGUUCCACCACAUCGCCUACACAUGUUCAUAUGUACAGCACGCAAUGCAUUGUUUCUCUGCCGGAUCCUCGACACCCUUGGCUCAUUUCUGUUACCCUGCUGACCGAUCUUGAAGAAAGAUGUUGUUGCAUUGAAGAUGCCAAUAAGCUUUAUGAUCACUGCUCUUCAAUUAGCCCGUGAAAGUCCGUUUGAUGCUCCAUCGCUCGUGAGCAUGCCGUGAAGAUUUGCUACGCCCUAAAACCCUUUAGACACAAUAUCUCCUCUCGCCGAAAUCGCCAAGGCCGGGGAUGAUAUACGCCUUGUCGUUCAAGCCCUUGUCGAUCCAACCGGUAAUCACACGCAGGGAAGGGAAGGUGCUGCAGAAGUUCUUCAGGCCUUCCGGAGCAGAGAUCAGGUUGACGAAGAUGAUGCGCUCCUCGGGGACGCCGUGCUCCUUCAAAACCUCGACGGCUUUGAUCGCGGAGCCUCCGGUCGCCAGCAUGGGGUCGAGCAAGAUCACGUAACGUCUGUCGAUGUCCGGCGGGAACUUGGCAUAGAAGAGUUUGGGCAGCGCGGUCUCUUCGUCCCUUUGAAUCAAGAUCUUGCCGAUCCUUACGCUUCGGCAAACUUCGCGCAGGCCCUGCUCCAUGGCCUCUCCUGCCCUCAGAAUCGACACUCCGCAAAUCUUGCCCUCGAAGCCGACGCCAUCAUAUGUGGCGCCAGUCGGGGUCUCGACGGUCUUGGGCACCACAGGUAGGUGAUUGAGCCCCUCCUCGACGAGCAAGCGUAUGAUGCGAUCCGAGUAAAAUAGAAAGUCGGCGCGGCUCGUGUUCUUAUCGCGGAUGAUGGUGUAGAGCGCCUCGAGCUGCGCCGUCUGCGGCAAAGUGAAGACCGAGGGCGGCACGGCGGAGGGCGCUGAUUGCGUGGUCGGUGCUACGAUGGCCGCCAUGCUCGUCCAAGAUUAUCG